UUGCAACGCUGUCAAACUCCACCCGUCAAAUGAUGUACGAAAUUUGAGCAGGCAUGAUGUUGUUUUAUCGUCGCAAAAGGAAAAACCAAAUAAUAGCAUAAAACAACAUCAUUUGGUGAUUAAAAAGCGAAAAGGAAGUGUAGUUCAACCAUGUGCACACCGAUCGGCGGUCGCACGAGUUAACGUCAAGCAAGGUAAAGGUGCGCCCGUCGCGAGUGAUACAAAAGUGCAGAUUUUUAUGCGUCGUGUUGGAGAAAGUAAAUGCCCUAAUCAGGGGUUGGUUGUGGGUUGAAUUGUUUUGUAGAGUUUCUUUUACGUUAAGGAACAAGUGCGGUGUCUGGUUUUGGGUGCGUUUGGCGCACUUGCUUGCGUUGAUAUUGAAUGUGUACGAAACGGUGGGGAUGGUUGUUCAACCUGUACGGUUAACUUCUUCCUCAAUCUACGUGACCUAUUCUCGCGCAGUGCCAAGGAUUAUGUUGUUCCACAGUGCAAAUAAAGUGAUGUGUCAUACGUGCUAAUAAUAUCAAAAGGGAAUUAGUGAUUAAACGAUUCCCGCAAAACCACUUUCGAUGGCUGCCGGAUGGAUUAGUGUAUUCUGUUCACGAGUUUCGUACGAUUUGCACCAAACGGCUUACCGUUCUCGGUCAGCACCGUUGUGUAAUAUACGCGCAAACGAGCAAUAGUCAAUCGCAAUCGGCUUUAAAAUUCGAACGGGACCGGAGCGGAAACACAUCAACACACACAUACACACACUCCGCACACUUGAAAGUGGUCGAGUCGAAAAACAACAAGUUCAAAAAAGGAAGCACUAGCGGAACGACAAAGUAACCAACGAAUAACAAACAAACAAACACACAACGAAGGAAAAAAAAACGAUUUACGGUUUAUAGAAGCAGAAGGCACAAAAAAACAACAACAACACAACAAUGAGCUGGUUACGAUCGAGCCCGUUGCGGCAAAGUUUCAGCAAAAGUAGCAACAGUGCAAAUGACCGUGCGCGUUCCGGUGCCGGGGGCGGUGGGCUGUCGGUUAUUCGCCCGUUCGAUGCAACCGAAUGCGAUCCCAAGGCAUGCUACGACAGUUUCUGCAUCCAUUGGCAGCAGGCGUACGAGAUCAUACAGCGAUCGGAGAACUAUCGAAGUCAAUCGCAUGACGAUGUGCUGGGUGUGGUGACACAUCUGGACCAUAUGGUAACGCUGCUGCUGGUGGAAUUGCAUCACUGUAACAAACUCAGCCUUCCCGGUCAAUCUGCACCGCCCGCGCCCUGUUUGGAGCAUCUGCUGAGUGAAAACCUUCUGGACAAACUGUACGAAUGGGGCAUCAAGACGGGAAGAUAUGCAAAUGCUGUACGGUUGGAACAGUUGAAGCUGUACGAACAGUUAGUUAGCCAUUCGCGUCAUCAGCUGCUGGUGCACGAACCAUUUCUGCGACCUUUGCUAAAACUGUUGGCUUCGAGCCAGAACGAAAUCUAUCCGCCCGACGUCGAGAAGCGGCUCGUCAUAUUGCUCAAUCAACUGUGCGUGGUGCUGAUGCAGAACGUGCACCUGCUCGAUCUGUUCUUCUUCUCCACCACGCAGACACAGCAAAGCAACCACACGAGCAACGGUGGCCACACGAACUUCAUCAUCUUCUCGCUGCUGAUACCGUACGUCCAUCGGGAGGGUUCGUUGGGUCAUCAGGCACGCGAUGCACUGCUGCUCUGUAUGGCGCUGUCGCAGAAAAACUCCAACGUCGGCACCUACAUCGCAACGUACUCGUCCAUCUGUCCGGUACUGGUAACCGGGCUCGGUGGUCUGUACUCGCGCCUACCGAACCAAAUCGAAAUCAAAACCAUUGACUGGUAUCGCAUCACGACCGACGAUGUGACGGAGAUGCCCGAGCUGACACUGUUCAUGAACUCGCUCGAGUUUUGUAACGCGGUCGUACAGGUCGCCCAUACGAUGAUCCGCCAGCAGCUGCUCGACUUCCUCUACCAGGGCUUCCUGGUACCGGUUCUCGGGCCGGCCAUUCUACAGACAUUUAAAGGGCAAGGUCAAUUCCAGACGAACGUUGAGUCGCAGGUAUCGGCGAUGGCGUACUUCGAUUUGAUCGUACGAUCGAUCACGGAACCGGGCUUAAUCCAGCUGGUGAUUCGCUUUCUGCUGGAUGAGGAAAAGUUUGAUGGGCAGCGAAUAUUGGACGUGUUGGUGGAACGAUUAAACAGCAACGAUUCGCGGCUAUGUAUGGUGACUCUUUCACUGUUCGACAGUCUGCUGAGCUUGAACUGUGAGGACAUUAUGCUCGAGCUAAUGUUGAAGUAUUUACUGCACUGCAAGCACGUACCGAUAUCGCAUCGGUAUAAAAUCAAUCGGGUUGAUCCAUACACGCAGGCCGUCGAAUACUUCCUUAACAUUACGCCGGACAUCAUGAAGAAGGUGAACAGCGUGCUGAGCAUCAACAAUGGCUGUAUCAGCACGGGUAUUGCUGGCCAAAACGUUCAACCUUUGGGUAACCAUCGUACACUUGGGAUCGGUGGAAGCAACAACAGCAACAACAACGGUGGUGGUGGCAAUAACAAUAAUGCCAACCUUAACGUUAGCAAAACGAUCGGUGCCAACUGGAAUCAUUACGGGUUGAAUACGACGACGGGCGAAACACUGUUAGCGAACUACCAAGCGUACCUGCUCGAUGCACGCAAUCGCAUCGUACAAUGCAAGCAUGCCUGUGAUCAGUGGAACAAUGUGUACCGUUACCAAAAACUAAGUAAAGCCAACUUUUCGCUGUCCCAAUCGGUGGGUGUAGGAGGCGCAACGAAUGCCAACGGUGGUGGCAGUAGUAACAACAACAGUAUCGUCAAUCCGGAGGAUGUCCGUGCCCUGAAGGUGCAGAUGAUAAAAGAUUUUCUCCGCGAGUUUUCGAUCGAUUCCGGUAUAGGGGAGUGCGACAGUCAACAGCAUCCACCGGUAACAGGGACCAGCUCAACGGCUUCCAGUGCAAUAAUGUUCGGUGGAUCGAUCGCGCCAUCCGGUGGCAAACAGCUCGAUAGUUUACAAUCGAUCGGUGAUAGCAGUGGGUACGAAAGUUUGAAUGUAUUUUCUCAAGCGACCAACGAAAUGACACCACUGGCAGCGCCACAACAGGACCUUGGGCAGCUAAAGCAACAGCAUCGUGUUGAUGCGUGGAAGGUAUCGAGCGUACGGGAAGAACCGAUGGGUGAUCUGGAUCUGUCGGAAGAUCUCUUCGCUCAGGGGACAGUUAGUUUAGGUCCCUUUUUAACAGCGAUCUGGGGCAAAAUGCAAACGUUUACAAGUAACUGCUUGUACGUGAAUCUACACCUCACGGGAUUGAUCACUCACUUGACGCUUUUCCCAUUACCCUUGCUACACUCGAUACUGCUACGUCCGGACAUACCAACCACCUCCGAUACACCAUCCUUCCAUCAGGUGCUAAAGAUACUGAAACAACAAAUCGAUGCAGAACUACCGGACACGGAUGAAUCCCUCGAGAUCGUCGAUAUGGCACGUUCGUUCCUAGUGGAUCGUGAAUUUCGGCUCGUGAAUAUGCGGAAGAAUGCGAUCGAAUCCGCUGCGAGCGGUAAGCUGUUGAAUGGUGGCGGUUCUUCAAUGACGUCUAGCCUUUCGCAAACGACCCCGAUGCAGCUAACACCGAGCUCAUCGUACGAUCCAUUCAAACGGCAGGACGGUAAACGCAAAAGCAUCAGCAACUCGUUCUCUAACAUCUUUCGGCGGCCCGGUUCUGUGGCUUCAUCGGGUUUAGCACAGAUAGUUGAAUUUUUUACCGGAUCGAACAAUAAUGGAUUAAACCAAUCACCAAACGGUAGACAGUCGCAAACGUUUACCUCUGCAUCGAUGGUUGGUUCCAGUUCGAACCAGCAGCAGCAGCAGCAACAAUUGGGAGGAUCAUCAACGUCUGUCGGACAUCAACCGAUAACACCACCAAGCGGUCUGCUUAUCGGUAGCUCGCGACGCGAAUCACGCGAAGCCGAAACACAGUUCAUGUCAAUUGACACGACACCACCAUCCCGUGGUGAUCAUGCUUCCAACGGAUUGAUCGGACAGAGCGUUGGUAAUGAUCAUGUACAUCCGCACCACAACAGCCUCGAGCAUGGGCUGGCCAACUACAGUGUCGGUAGCGAGCGACAGCUAAACCUAGCCAUCGGGGCCGUCCUACUGGAUGAGUGGUUGCGUGAACUGUCCGCCGUAACGCAGGAACAGUGCAUUAUGAUGCUUUCGGAACAGGUGCAACAGCCAGCGAGAUCAGCCAGCUAGACAACAGCACAUCCGGAGCACACCGUUUUAAAGUAAUCUAUUUUUCCCCUCUAACGAAAAAGCUUGUGAUUUAAUUAAGUAACAAAAGUGCGUGUAGAUGAUGUUUGUUACAUAUAGUAGCGAAUUCAGUCUUAUUCGUACGUCGUUGUUGACUUCGUUUGUAAAACAAUCGAAUAUAAGCCGACAAACUAGGAUCAGAUACAAUAUUUUAAUUUAGGCAAAAUUAAUUUAACAAAACGUAACAUCAUCGAAACUGUUAUUUUAAAGGCUCUCCUUUAUGUAUCUUUUUUUUUAACAAAACCGAAAAACACUCUUGUCUUUUUGUAUGCCUUCAACGUGAGGCAAUCGAGAAAAAAAUGAUACAUACCGAAAAUUCUUUUAUAGACUCGAGACUCUUUCCCCGUUUUUUAAAAAGUAGUUUGUUUUUUGACAAUUUAAAAAAAAAAACGAACCCAGCACAGUCCAAAUUAAUGAACCCUUUUUCUUCGCAAAACACAUCGAUUUUUACAAACAUAAUUUACUACUAAUCUUACGAACAAGCAAAAAGGCCAAACUACAACAACUCUGUAACCUGUAACUAAAUAUAUGUGGUAGACGUAUGUAACAAAUUAAUAUAAAGCGAAGUGCACGUGCGCAUUAGGGCAGUGAUUGCGAAGUAAUAUGUUUGUUUAAGAACGAUAUUAAAUUCCUCCCUAGAACAAAAACAUCCCCAAUAAUCCGCCAAACAGCUGCUCCCCCAAUGAAGCGCGAUGUAUUACCCUGUACAUAGAAUGUUAUAAACGAUUAUUUAUCAUUGCGAUUACGCUAUUUGUUUGUUCUUUCCGUUGCCCAGGAACGUGUAUUUUUUGUGUUUGUUUUUGUGAGAUAAAUUCUAUUGUAGUGAGUAA